AUGUAUAUAAUUUACGGAGCUGAUCAUCGCAUAAGCAACUGUUCUCUGCUUAAACGAAGAAUACCAGAAGCACGAAUCUUUAAAUUAUAUCCUAAUGACAAAACGAGUAGAUCUUCAUCUGCUAGUGUCGCGAUUCCUGACUAUGAAACGCAAGGCCAAACAGCAGGACAGAUAACACCGAAGUCCUGGCUCUGUAUGUUAUCUUCGACUGUUCCAGCUACCAAAUCCUCAGAAUGGAUUUUUGACACAGGAUGUACUUCCCACAUGUGCCACGACCGUUCCAUUUUUUCAUCAUUUACUAGAUCCUCUAGGAAAGACUUUGUCAGAGGAGUUGGCGGUUCCAUACCCAUCAUGGGCUCCGGAACUGUAAACAUUGGCACUGUUCAAUUACAUGACGUAUCUUACGUUCCUGAUUUACCAGUUAACCUGAUAUCCGUUUGA